AUGAGUAUCGGAACUGGAGAAGUGCGUGCCCCAGUUUCCCAGGGACGGUUUAGGCAGCUGUCUCCACCCCAGACUUCCGGUUCCUGUCCUCGAAAUAGGGCUGCAGCCACUAUGGAGGAACCGGAGAUGCAGCUCAAGGGGAAGAAAGUAACAGACAAGUUCACUGAGAGUGUCUACGUCCUGGCCAACGAGCCAUCCGUGGCCCUGUACCGGCUGCAGGAGCAUGUGCGCCGCUCUCUGCCCGAGCUGGCCCAGCAUAAGGCUGACAUGCAGCGGUGGGAGGAGCAGAGCCAGGGAGCCAUCUACACGGUGGAGUACGCCUGCAGCGCCGUGAAGAACCUUGUCGACAGCAGCGUCUACUUCCGCAGUGUGGAGGGCCUCCUCAAACAGGCCAUCAUGGACAACGUGGCCCUGCAGCUUCUCGCUGGAGCUGCCAGAGCAGACACCACAGUUUGA